UGUUUCAGUACAAUCGAUAACGGAAAUCCGCCGCCACCAUCUUUCUUUCUGUUGUCAUAUGUCAAAAGGUGUACACGAGUUUAUUGGUGUAUAAUUUCCAAUAAAACAUAAUGGCACCUAGGUAUGAAAUCGCUGUUGGUCUACAAAGAGGCCAUAAAACGACCAAAAUCGCGUCCGGAAAAACAGCAGACAAGAUCCGUCCUGCAAGGUUGAAGGGGAUCCAAACAAAACAUACAAAAUUUGUUCGCGAUCUCAUACGUGAAGUCGUAGGGCAUGCUCCGUAUGAAAAACGUGCGAUGGAAUUGUUGAAAGUCUCGAAGGAUAAGAGGGCUCUCAAGUUCCUGAAACGUCGCCUUGGCACACACAUUCGUGCUAAGAGGAAGCGUGAAGAAUUGUCCAACAUUCUUACACAAAUGCGUAAAGCACAAGCUCAUGCUAAGUAAUUGUACUUUUAAUUUUUUGGACAUUAAAAAUAUAUAAAUUCAAAA